AUGGCGGAUUCCAACCCAAUUAAGGAGGCCGAGGUCUCCAUGGCCAACCUUCUUCUCGACGAGGUCACCGGUGAAAAGGUGUCCAAGACUGAGUUGAAGAGACGCCAGAAGCAGCGUGAGAAGGAUGCCAAGAAGAAGGAGAAGGAAGCUGCUGCUCCCCCCAAGCCCAAGAACGAAAAGAAGAAGUCUGACGAGGAAGAAGAGGCCAACCUGACUCCCAACCAAUACUUCGAGAUUCGCAGCAAGAAAAUCAACAAGCUGCGCGAGACCAAGCAGCCGGAUCCUUACCCUCACAAGUUCCAGGUCGACACCGACCUCCGCAACUUCGUCAAGGAGCACGCCGGUCUCCAGAAGGGCGAGCAGAAGCCCGAGAUUCCCGUUCGCAUUGGUGGUCGUAUCUACACCAAGCGUUCCGCUGGUAACAAGCUGAUCUUCUACGAUAUCCGCGCGGAGGGCGUUAAGGUCCAGGUUGUGUGCCAAGCACAGUUCUCGACUGGCAAGCCUUUCGAAGAGCAGCACGAGCUCCUUCGCCGAGGUGAUAUUGUCGGUAUUGUCGGUUUCCCUGGUCGCACUAACCCUAAGAACCGUGAUGAUGGUGAACUUUCCAUCUUCGCUACUGAAGUUGUUCUCCUGGCCCCUUGCCUGCACGCCAUUCCUUCCGAGCACUACGGCUUCCAGGAUAAAGAGCAGCGUUUCCGCCAGCGCUACCUGGAUCUUAUUAUGAAUGACCGCUCGCGUACUAUCUUCCGCAACCGCGCUAAGAUUGUCAGCUACGUCCGUCAGUUCCUUGAUAACCGCGACUUCACCGAGGUCGAGACUCCCAUGAUGAACGCCAUUGCCGGCGGUGCCACCGCCAAGCCCUUCAUCACUCACCACAAUGAUCUCGAUAUGAACCUGUUCCUUCGUGUGGCCCCCGAACUCUACCUCAAGAUGCUGAUUGUCGGCGGCAUGGAGCGAGUGUACGAGAUUGGCAGACUUUUCCGUAAUGAGGGAAUUGACCUUACUCACAACCCUGAAUUCACUACUUGCGAGUUUUACCAGGCCUAUGCUGAUGUGUACGACCUCAUGGACAUGACCGAGGAACUUGUUUCUGGUCUGGUCAAGCACGUUACUGGCGGCUACGAGACCGUCUUCCACACUCAAUCUGGUGAGACUUACAACGUGAACUGGAAGGCGCCGUGGCGACGAGUGGAGAUGAUGACUGCCUUGGAGGAGGCCUGUGGCGAAAAGUUCCCUCCUGGUGACCAGCUGCACACCAAGGAGACCAAUGAGUUCCUGAAGCGCAUGCUGAAGAAGAUGAAGGUCGACUGCUCGGCUCCUCAGACCAACGCCCGCAUGCUUGACAAGUUGGUCGGUGAAUUCAUUGAGAACACUUGCAUCAACCCCACUUUCAUUACUGGUCACCCCCAGAUGAUGUCCCCGCUGGCCAAGUACCACCGCCAGAAUGCCGGUCUUUGUGAACGUUUCGAGGCCUUUGUUUGCACCAAGGAGAUUAUCAAUGCUUACACCGAGUUGAACGAUCCCUUCGACCAGCGUCUGCGUUUCGAGGAGCAGGCCAACCAGAAGGAACAGGGUGACGACGAAGCUCAGAUGAUCGAUGAGACAUUCUGCCAAUCUCUCGAGUACGGUCUGCCCCCGACUGGUGGUUGGGGUAUGGGCAUCGACCGUUUGGUCAUGUUCCUCACCGACAACUACAGCAUCAAGGAAGUCUUGGCCUUCCCCAUGAUGAAGGAUGAUAAGACCGCUGCCGACCCCAAGUCUGCCGCCGAAGUUGUCGGAAUCGAGCCUGUCCCCGAGGAAGGAAUCCGUAUGUUGUUAAUAUCAGCUAAUCUCCACGAGCCGGUCUCACUAACGAUGAAUCUACAGCCCACAAAUGAAUAG